AAUUAAAAAUCUAAACCUAAAUCCAGAAAAUGAUGAAUCCAGAAAAAGCAAAAGCCACGAAGCAAAAUAAUGGAGGAAUACGAAAAAGGCAGGGAAGGAAUCGAAAUUGGACGAAAGAGGCAACAGAAGGAGCACCUUGUGAAAGGAGAGGUUAUUCCCAAAUUCACCGGCGAGCUCCCUGACUCUGCGGAUGGCAAGCUCGGAGGAAUUGUCGAGGUUGUCGACGACGACGGUUCUGAAGCCUCCGAGCAAAAGCUGAAGAACGGUGUGGGUACCGAUGUAACCGGCUCCGCCGGUAACAAGGACGGUUUUGUGGAGCAUGAGCUUAUGCGCAGCGUUUUGCAGUGAAGAGUUGGGAAUAUUAGGGGGUGGCCGAAAAUGAGGGGAAUUAAUAUACGGUGCGGAGGAGGCGAUGUUGUUAAUGCUGACGCGCGAUGCCAUAUUCGU